AUGCAAUACAAUGCUCUUUCUCAAAUGAAUGAUGCCUCAUUCUGUAUUAAUGGCAUCUUUUAUUCAUUUGUUGCCUUGAAAGAGCUUCCUUUCCACCCCCCUUGGCUGUAUUCUACACCACCAUCCAGGGUUGUCAAUGUUCAAACGGCUUCGGACACUGCCGCCAAAACAUUGGAUCCGAAAGUUAUUCCGCCCAAACCUUUUGCCCCUUUGGCUUCCACUUCCUCCGCAAACGACAUGUUUAUUCUGGAUUCACAUGCAUCCUUGAAUGAUUAUCGAGAAAAUAAUGACAACUAUUAUUUAGAACAAUUGGCAGAACAAAUUGAAGAUAAAGAAGAUUUUGAAAAGUUCUCGGACGUGAUGGAAGACUCAGAAGUUUUGGAUGAUGAAACACAAUCUUAUAACAACUGGAGCUAUGAAGAUGAAGAUCAAGACGGUGGUUACAAUUUAAAUAACAAUUUCAAUACUUUGCAUUGA